AUGGCAAAUCCUCGUAAAAAAGGCAAGUUCUUGUUCUUAUCUGUGUUGAGUUUUACUCUGUUUGUUUCAGAUUUGUUGAUUACUUCCCAGCGUUUGUCUUGCCCUGUUGUUGUUCUUGCAUCAAAUUUAGACCCAUCUUCGAAUUCAAACUCAGAAGCUGCUAACGACCACAUAAACGAUAAUCCCUCCGAGGAAAAAACCGAUCUUGUCAGCAAACACGAUGUUGUUUUCUCGAAAGAAGUUGAAAAACUGCAAGAAUUAGUUCAAAACCUCACCCAACUGGUUGCUAGGUUAGAAUCCCAUUUCAACGAGUGCCCCUUGAAGGUAGAUAACUUACCUUUAGCCUCAUCGUCUCAUAGGCAAGCUAGAAACAUCGAUAAAACGAAACAAGAAACCGAAAUUUCCACGAAAGAUGAAAUCUUGCAGGGAAAUGGACUGAAAAGGGGAGGAGGAGGAGCUAAAGAUGCCCGGAAAACCGUUUUCAAAUACAACACGUUCUGGUCCGAGAAAUUCCAGUUCGUGUCGGCCGUGAAAUUACAGUUCAGCCCCACCAUCCUCAACGUGCUGCCGUUCAAGGAUCAAGAUGGCGUGAGCAAAUAUUUCUCGGUCGGGGACUACAACGGCAAAUUGAUGAUCUUUUCGAAAAACGGGGACGUGUCCUUGGAGCUCGACACGUUUUCCGACCCGUCCGAGUACUCCCCUGUGACAGCUGUCGUGUCCGUGCUGUCCGUUUUCAAGAACGAGACCUUAAUCGCCACCGGACACGAGAAUGGCAUUAUCGUAAUUCACCGCGUGUGGGAAGCCUCGGGUGGAAGUGACGACUGGAAACACUCCCUCCGCGUGGAGAGGGUCGGGAGAUUCGAGACUCCCGGUGGGGCCCGCAUCAAUUUAUUAGAAGCCCAUCAAAUGGGCCGAAAGAGGUACAUCAUUGCCUCGGACGAUGCGGGAAAGCUUCGGGUUUUGGGAGAAGACGGGUCUUUGUACGGGUCGAUAAGCCCUGGCAGGCGACCCGUUUCAUUCUUGAAGCAAAGGCUUUUGUUCCUAACCGAAACAGGUGCCGGUUCACUCGAUUUGCGUAACAUGAGACUGAAAGAAACCGAAUGUGAAGGGCUGAACAAUUCCUUCGUGAGGAAUUACGUUUUCGACGUGGUUGACCGGACUAAAGCGUACGGUCUCACCUCCGAUGGCGAUUUGGUCCAUACGCUAUUAUUAGGUGAUGCCAUGAAUUUCAAGUGUCGGGUCCGAUCCAAGAGGAGGCUCGACUUGGACCACCACCGGCCGGUGGCUCUGCAGGCCAUUCGAGGCUACUUGUUGCUCACGAACAAGGAUAAAGUUCACGUGUACAACGUGUCAACUCAGCACUACGUCCGGUCCGGUGGGCCCCGGCACGUUUUUUCAGUGGGCCUCGACGAGAUUUUAUCGUCCUUCCUUAAUCAGCAAGCGGUCGAAGAGGACGAGGAGGAGCAGCAAGUGGACCCUGGCCCGGGCCCGUUGGUCGCGGGCGAUUACGAGAAAAUAAUUGUCUUGAGCCUCGGCAAUGGAUAUGUGGCAAUGUACCGUUCGAAUCUUCCCGUUUUCAAGAACGAGUUCAAUAGCAUCUUGUGGACGAGCCCCGUUUUGUUCUUUAUCGUCUUCCUCUUCGUCGUGUGGCAUUUUUUCGCCAACAAGAAGGACGCGCUCACCUCGUGGGGCCCGGACGACCCUUUCGUCGUGUCGUCCUCAACCUCCGGUGGUGCGCUUGGGCCCACGUCUGGAUUGGGCCCGAGCUCGGGCCCAAACGAGAGAUCGGGCCCGUUUGGUGGUGCAGAGUCUUCGAGUCGUUCGUCGGAGAUCAUGGAUUUGAGGGCAGGAGGAAGCGGGCUGCGGGCCCCGACGAGGUAUGUCUCGUCGGGUGAUUACGCGACGAGUGGGAUUGGGGGGAGUCUUGGCGGGUCGUAUAGGGUCGGUGGAGGGGAUUUGGACCCGAGGCUCGGGCAAAUGGAUGCACGUUUUAGGAAUGUGGGUUCGGAGCUGAAGUACAGAACGGGACCUCAUGUCGAUGGAGGAGGUGUGGUGAUGAAGAGGAGAGAAGCGUUUUACGUAAAUAGUCAAGUAGUGGAUGAGAGGUAA